UUAUUUAAUUUAUAUAAAUGUGCUGUGCGAUUAAAUUUAAAUUAAAUUAAUAAAAUUGGGUUGAUUAGUUAUAUGAAUUGCUACAUCACAGAAAGCAUUUUCGUUUUUUUGUGACUUGUCAAAAUUUAAAUCAAAAAUUAUUGAUUUUUCCAACAAAAAAAUUUUAGACUGAAAAAUUAUUGGAAGUGUUUUUAAAAAUGCCAGAGCAAAAUAUUUUUCAACCAGAUUCAAAAUUAUCUCGAUCAUCUUACAUUUCAUCCAUCCAGCAAUAUGAAGAGCUUUACAAAUUAUCAAUUGAUCAUCCUGAAAAGUUUUGGAAUAAUGUCGUGAAGCAAUUCCACUGGGAGACGCCUCAUGCUGAUUCAAAAAGUUUCAUGUCAUAUAACUUUGAUAUAUCAAAAGGCCCGAUAUCUAUCAAAUGGAUGGAAGGAGCAUCUACAAACAUUUGCUAUAACCUAUUAGAUCGGAACAUUAAAAAUGGACAUGGUGAUAAAAUUGCAUUUUAUUGGGAAGGAAACCACCCAGAAGAUUAUACAAGAUUUACUUACCGAAAACUUCUUGAGGAAGUAUGUCGAUUUGCAAACGUGCUCAAAAUGCACGGAGUCAACAAAGGUGAUCGAGUUGCUAUUUACAUGCCAAUGAUUAUGGAGACACCAAUAGCAAUGCUUGCAUGCUCAAGAAUUGGUGCAAUUCAUUCAAUUGUCUUUGCUGGAUUUUCAUCCGAUUCGUUGGCUGAACGAAUGAAAGAUUGCAAGGCUAAAGUAUUAAUAACAUCUGACGGAGCUUGGAGAGGAGAAAAGUUGUUACAUUUAAAACAAAUUUGUGAUCAUGCAUUGGAAAAGGCUCAAGAGUUGGGACAUCAUGUUGAAACCUGCAUUGUUGUAAAGCACAUUCAUCGUGUAACAGCUCCAAAACCAGAACUCAUUGAAGAUUUUUCAGUUGAAAUGAGAGACGAUCGUGAUUUCUGGUGGAAUGAUGAAAUGGAAGAAGCUGAACCAAGUUGCUACCCUGAAUGGACGAGUGCUGAAGAUCCACUUUUUAUGCUUUACACUAGUGGUUCAACUGGCAAACCAAAAGGUGUUUUACAUACAACUGGAGGAUAUUUGCUUUAUUCUAGUACAACAUUUAAGCUUGUUUUUGACUACAAGCCUGGUGAUGUUUACUGGUGCACUGCUGAUAUUGGAUGGAUUACUGGACAUACCUACGUUGUUUAUGGACCAUUAGCAAAUGCAGCAACUUCUGUUAUGUUUGAAGGAACCCCAUUUUAUCCUGACAAUGAUAGAUUUUGGCAAGUUAUCGACAAGUAUAAGGUUACACAGUUUUAUACUGCACCAACAGCAAUUCGAUCACUUAUGACAUUUGGAGAUGAGCCCGCAUUAAAACACAACUUAGAUUCUUUAAAAAUCCUUGGCAGUGUUGGUGAACCUAUUAAUCCGGAAGCGUGGUUAUGGUAUUAUAAAAUAAUUGGAAAAGAAAAAUGCUCAAUUGUCGAUACAUUCUGGCAAACAGAAACUGGAGGGCAUGUUAUAACACCAUUGCCUGGGUGUACACCAAUGAAACCGGGAUCAGCAUCAUUCCCAUUCUUUGGAGUGAAACCUAUGCUUUUAGAUGAAGGUGGAAAAGAAAUUCAAGGAGAAGGAGAAGGAUACUUGGUGUUUUCCCAGCCAUGGCCAGGAAUGAUGAGAACUGUAUACAAUGACCAUAAAAGAUUCGAACAAACAUAUUUUUCAAAGUUUCCAGGAUAUUAUUGUACGGGUGAUGGAGCAAAACGUGAUAAAGAUGGAUAUUUAUGGAUUACUGGAAGGAUUGACGACAUGUUGAAUGUUUCUGGUCAUUUAAUGUCAACAGCUGAAGUAGAAGCUGUGUUAACUGAACAUUCCCGAGUUUCUGAAGCCGCUGUCGUUUCUCGUCCACAUCCUGUCAAAGGGGAAUGUCUAUAUUGCUUUAUUACUCCAAAUCAAAAUGAACCAUUUGAUAAGCAGCUCAUUGAUGAGCUUAAAGUACUUGUUCGAGAAAGAAUUGGACCUUUCGCUCAGCCAGAUGCUAUUCAACAUGCACCAGGUUUGCCAAAAACACGAUCGGGUAAAAUAAUGCGUAGAAUUUUAAGAAAAGUGGCUGUUAAUGACCGCGAUGUAGGCGAUAUAUCGACACUCGCUGAUGAAAAUAUUGUGGAAAUUUUGUUCAACAAUCGACCAUCGAAAUAAAGUAAAUGCACAAAAAACCUAAUUAAUCAUUUAGCUAUAUAACAGCAUACAAUACGCUGUUUCAAAUAUUGCCUAAUACCACAAGUUGAUUAAUCGAAUAGAAAUGCGGCGCCAAGCUGGCAUGACUCUGGUAUGGUGCUGGCUUCGAUUUGAAUCCAGUAUCAUGCAAGAGUCACACAGGCUUGGUGCAUGGUUUCUGAUCGAUUUACCGAAUUGUGCCAUUCGGGAUAUUCUUUAUUGAAAAUAUUAACACAAUUAAUAUUAAAUUAGUUUCUAAAAUCCACAUUGUUUGAGAAAAAAAGGAUAGACUUUCCUAGGGACAUAAGGAAAUUAUAAAUCUCAUAUUCUUAUUUUUGAUAUAUGCUUUUUUUUAUAGAUUUAAAGUUCAGUUGACUAUCAUUUUAAAUUGUUCAUUUAUUUCUUUGGGAAUUUAAUCAUGCCUCGUUUGUUUUAAAAACUUUAGCUAAA